AUAAUUUCGAAUCCCAAUCCAUCCUUCGAUCCUCGCUUCCCCGUUGACUCGUUCAUCAAAGUACCGGAGCAAGGAAAGAAAAAAAAAAUCUGGAAAUAGACAAAGAAACAGCAGCAGCAACUAGUAAAUCUGAAGCAGAGAAGCAGCCGUUACUCUCUCUCUUUACUCUGCGUCUGUUUCUUCUUUGUCUUAGCUCUUCUCUCCACACCAACAACUGGUGAAGCAGCUAAAACAACUGGCUGAACGAACAAGGAUAACUGCAACCAGUUUUCUCUGUAAAACAAUCUUAUAGGAGAAACUGAAAUAUGGGCAUUUUACAUGACGACGUGGUGAUCAUCAGACAAUCAGAGAAAGAAAGAGACCUCAGCAUCAUCACAGUCAAUUGCCCUGAUAAGACUGGCCUUGGUUGUGAUUUGUGUCGCAUCAUACUCUUCUUUGGCCUUAAUAUCGUUAAAGGAGAUUUAUCUACGGAUGGGAAAUGGUGUUACAUAGUGUUUUGGGUUGCUGGCAAUUCAUCAACUAGAUGGGAUCUUUUAAAGAAGAGAUUAUUAGGCGUAUGCCCUUCUUUCUAUUCAGCUUCUGGGAUUUUGUAUUAUCGUCCAGAACUGCAGCAGACUCCAAGGCCUCCUGAUGUCUUUCUCUUGAAGUUAUGCUGUCACGAUCGUAGAGGGCUUUUACACAAUGUGACUGAGGUGCUAUGUGAGCUUGAACUCACAAUAAAAAAAGUGAAGGUAUCCACAACACCAGAUGGGAGGGUGAUAGACCUAUUCUUCGUUACAGACACCAGGGAGCUUCUGCAUACGAAUAAGAGAAAGGAGGACACAUAUGAUCACUUAAAAGCUGUUAUGGGAGAUGUAAUGAUAAGCUGUGACAUAGAAAUGGUUGGCCCUGAAAUUACUGCAUGUUCACAGGAAUCUUCACUUCUUCCAACUACAAUCACAGAUGACAUGCUUCACUUGGAAAUUCCUGAUGAACUCCCUAAUUCACUAACUUCCUCUAGUGUUUCUGUUACAAUGGACAAUUCACUGAGUCCUGCUCAUACACUUGUUCAAAUUGCAUGCCGAGAUCAUAAAGGUCUUCUUUAUGACAUAAUGAGAACCCUAAAGGAUUACAAUAUCAAGAUUUCUUAUGGGCGCUUCAUGAUAAAACAGAGAAGGAACUGUGAGAUUGACUUGUUUAUUGUUCAAGCUGACGGGAAGAAGCUAGUUGACACUAAAAUACAGAGAGCUUUGUCUUCUCAUCUGGAGGUGGAAUUAUUGCGACCUCUUAGAGUAGCUGUUGUUAGCCGUGGUCCUGACACAGAGCUACUAGUGGCAAAUCCUGUUGAAUUAUCUGGCAAGGGCAGGCCUCUGGUAUUUCACGAUAUCACACUUGCUCUGAAGAUGCUUAAGAGUUGCAUUUUCUCGGCUGAGAUUAGGAGGCACAUGAUUGGAGAUAGAGAAUUUGAAGUCUACAGAGUCUUACUUGAUGAAGGGGAAAGUUUGUCCAUCCCAAGAGGCAAAAUUGAGGAAGCAGUUUGGAAUGUGCUAAUGGGUUGGGACUGAAACAAUUUUAGAUAUCAUUCUUUUUAGAUUGCCGUGGCCUGCUUUGCAGAUUACUUCUCCCUAUCAAAACAUGUAUGUGAUGUAAAUUACAGAUCGUAUGUCAUCUAAAGGCAGAGCUCUACCGCUUCCACAUCUAUGUAUACAACUCAUGUGAGGCUGACUUGUACACAAGGAUGAGUUGGAAGCAGGAGAUAAAAAGAGUGAAGAGGUACAUGGGGCCUUGUAAUAGACAGCUGGAAUACAUGAAAGGGUCUACUACUGGAUCCCUGUGAUGGUUAACUCGAUAUCUUAUCAUGUAAUCCAUUAAUGCCUUGUGUAAAUAAGAUCAGCAUGUAGAGCAUGCAAUGUACAGUGAAGAGAAGCCUGUAGUUCAGAACUACUACUUGUGCCACUACAGGGAGCUGUACAGAACAUCAGCAUAUGAACCCAAUAAUAAGUAGCAAUCUCGUUGCA